CUUGGAUUUGUUUCGUUCCAGAAGAAUGUGUCCCAAUAGCGUUCGGAGCGAAUGUAUGUUCUGUAUGAUUGAGGUCAGUUCUCUUGCUGUAUGCAGAUCUAAGACAAGCCGAUAGAGUCGAGGUGCCAAUAUCCAGUGUGUGCACUGCGUGUACUUAUAGGUAUAUCCCAUCUGUUGCUGGAAGAGAGUAUACGUGUAUCAAUCUCCUGCUGAAUCUCCAUUCUGCCAUCAGCAUGGAUGCCAAGACGAACCUGUGACAGAAACAGAGAACGGUUUUAAUACGGUAUGUAGAUUACAAAAUUUGAAAUCCGGGGUAAUUUUAGAGCAAACGGACAGCCAAGUGGGCGUGCUAUACCGUACGGUCUUGUCACAUAGAUUACCAUGUCACCACUGAUCUUGUAUUUGAUACACAUAUCUUGGUUGGGCUAGGUACCGCUGCCAUCAGCGCUGUUCUCCUCACCCAACGACCGCCGCCAAACCUCCAAGAAGAAGAACCCAAUAUCUCACUCACACAUAACCAUCAAUCAAUCCUCGCUUCCGAGUCCUUCAGCUCAACCUCAACCCCGUCUCCCUUGUCUCCCGUUGCAAUUUUCUCGCCCUCUGUCUCUGCACUCCGCGGAAUUGCCUUCUUUGGAACACGACUUCUCUUCCUCCCCUGGGUCUGCUGCUGGACUGCACUCCAGGAUUGUCUUUCUCUGGCUGUAUCGUGCACCUGUCAUGCCUUAUAGGUCGUUCCAACAACCGGCGUAGUCUCUAUUUUGUGAGACCACUCAUCUGGUUAAUUAUUCCGCACUUUCGUCUAUCCUCCCGGUGUUUGCCAGCCCCUUGUUUCACUUGACUGCCACGUCUCUCUCCCCACUCGUUUUCGCACCCUUCUCUAUCCUACACCACGGAACUCCUCUUGCCCAUAUCCCUCCUUGCCAUGGAUGGGGAUCUAAGCCUAUCGCAGUCCUUUGGGGGCCUGCGGAUUGCAAACCCAGACGACUCCUCGGCCCAGGCGGUAGACAAGGCUCCAGCAUCUCCAUCAACACUUCCUCCCCGAACGGAUUCGCCUGCCAUGGUCGAUGAACGAGUUCCCCCUCAACCUGAAAUCAACGCCCAUUCAUCCUCUAGAACCCAAGACUCUUCCCCUCAUAUCCAAAAUAACAGAUUAUCGGUUGGUUAUGGAUAUCAGAACCCCCCGGCCCCACAGCAGCCGCAGCACCAGUAUCCCCAAUAUGCUGCAGCCGCUUCUCAAACCUCAACCUCCCCUGGCCCCCAAAAUCCUGGACGUCCACUGUCGGUAUACUAUACACAACCCUUGACCAAUGGGUCGUCUUCAAAUCUGGCUGCUAGGGAAGGAUAUCGACUCCGUACAGAGUCCUCUGCCUCAUCCGCCUCUGACAGUCAAUCACGAUCGGAUUCUCGUGGUGGAUCCGCAGCUCUGCAAGCAGGAGUCCCAGUACACGACAAUAGCCAUUCCGAUAGAUCCUACAAACAGACACAAUUUCAUAGCGGGAGCGCCCCACUGCCACCCAGGGGGAGCUCUCGAGCAACACAUAACAAUGGAGCUUCCCCGCUCUCCGGUUCUCCGUAUGGCUUCGAGAUUGUCGGGCUAUCCAGCAGUGAAGAAUGGCAGGAGCGUGGAGCGGCUGUUGGUGUACGGCAAGAAAUCGACGCGAAUGGCAAAUCCGUUUCGAGAUUCGUGAAGAAAGGCGUUAGAGACUUUUCCUUCGGCCGCACGCUUGGUGAGGGAUCAUACAGUACAGUAGUUGCAGCCACUGAUCGCCAAACCUUAAAAGAAUACGCCAUAAAGAUACUUGACAAACGGCAUAUCAUCAAGGAAAAGAAAGUGAAGUAUGUUAACAUCGAGAAGGAUACACUAAACAGAUUGACCGACCAUCCCGGUGUUGUUCGAUUAUACUAUACAUUUCAGGAUGAACGAUCUCUAUAUUUUGUCCUUGACCUUGCGAGCGGAGGAGAGCUAUUAGGGGUGUUGAAACGGAUGUCGUCGUUCGAUGAAGAAUGCACUAGAUUCUACGGGGCGCAGAUUCUUGAUACCAUUGACUACAUGCACAAACGUGGGGUUAUCCAUCGAGAUCUUAAACCGGAAAACGUACUACUUGACAGCCAGAUGCAUGUGAAGAUCACCGACUUUGGCACGGCUAAAAUAUUGGAUCGUUCCAAGAGACAGGAGGAAAAGUCGAGUGGUAUGCCACAGAUGGACUCUGAUGGCCCUACCCAGGAUCGGGCCAAUUCCUUCGUAGGAACUGCAGAGUAUGUCAGUCCAGAACUCCUCACAGACAAGAGUGCCUACAAGGCAAGUGAUUUGUGGGCCUUUGGAUGUAUCAUCUACCAAUUAUUAGCCGGACGACCUCCGUUCAAAGCUGCGAAUGAAUAUCAAACAUUCCAAAAAAUUGUUGGCCUCGAGUAUGAGUUCCCUCCAGGAUUCCCGGCAGUUGCUCGAGAUUUAGUUGAACGGCUCCUUGUGCUUGACCCGUCUAGGCGCUUGCAAAUCGAACACAUCAAAAACCAUGAAUUUUUCGACGGCAUCGUUUGGGGUCGUGGCCUUUGGAAACAAAAAGCACCACGUUUAAAGCCAUACGUUCCGCCACCACCAGAGCCAAUCAAACUAAACGGUACCAGUAAGGACGACAGUUUCCCCCCAAACAUCACAAUUAAGGGCGUUGGAUCUUCUGGUAACCCAGGAAACGCAAGGCCAUAUCCACGCCUUGUUACUGAUCUCCCACCUCCUUCGCAACUUGAUAUUGAGUGGUCUCCCGUUUUGACUCGCACAAACGAGCGUAUAUUGAAAAUGGGCAAUUUGGUUGUUUUGUCUGCGCCUGCUCCUCACAAUGGACACGGAAAAGGUGGACAUGGCGACGGUGAUGCCCCCAAGAAGUUUUCUCGAUUUUUCGGAGGGAACACGACUAAGAAGCGUCAGCGAUUAGUUAUGGUAACCUCUGCUGGCCGCGUCAUUAUCGUGCCCGCUGGUGGAGAGGAAAAGAAGGCAAAAAUGGAUAUCUCUCUCCUAGCGCCAGGCGCACAAUAUCGAUGCACCACGGAUGUAAAAGGCUAUUCAUCAUGGGUAGUAGAUACGCGCGACAAACACUAUGUUUUUGAAGACUCGAAACCAUUCUCUUCGGAUGUUGCAGCAUCUGCUCUUUCUACACAAGAAUGGAUAGAUACGUUAGAUCUUGCCAAAGAGAUGGCGGCAUUCCAAGCGUCGAAUAGUUCCUAUGGCGAUGAUACGUUGAGGGACCUAUCGUCUGGUGUUUCGAGCCAUGCAAACACCAUUGAUCGUUCCGAUGAUUUCUCCGCCAAUUCCAACGCGCCACAAGCAAGUGGACGAGCCAUGCUUGUCAAGCAUCAUGCCGCAGGUGAUUCGGAAUCCGUGAAGGGGAAGAAACGAUUCAGUCGACGCCACUCAAAGAACGGAUUGUCUGCUGUUUUCUGACACUCGUUUUUGAACGGAAGAUAGAACCCCCCAAAAAGAGACAAGGAAGAAAAGGAAGAGCGUCCUUAGUUUCAUAUUCUUUGGCCUUUUCCGAUUAAACAUACAAUACCCCCACCAUAUUUCCCUAUUGAACAGCGUUCUAAGUCUCACAUCUUUAUCUGCCGCUUCUUCAUUUAGUUCUCUUUUUCCAGCCAUGUCUUCUUCCGUUCACCACCAUUCAUACUCUCAGGCAUUUGACAGCGUAUACAACUCACACCCGCCCCGUUUAUAUACUUUUCUCUUCGCUCUUUCUCUUAACUUCUCAUAUCUUUCUUGUCUGACUCAAAUCUGGUUUAGCUCUGCCCCUCCUUUUCUUCUUCUUCUACUCUUUUUUAAUUCAUGACCCCCCCUUUUUUUUCCACUUCUCAUACCGUUCUAGCGACGAUUCAUGACAUCUCUUUACACGCUUCCGCCCAGAUUCCACCUUGGGUACUUUGAAGUUUUCGCGAAGCGUUUUAGUGUGUGGGGCGUUUUCGAAUUAUCCAAUAUACUUUCUCCCCUCCCCUUCACCCUACUUUUAUAUAAUUUCCUAUUACCCAGUUUGCAUUUUUGGCUGGAAAGAUAUCGUUUACAUUUUCUCCAAGUGAAGUUUCCAUGAAGUGAAUUAUACAUAUCGUACCAUAUUGGUCUCUCUUCUCUUCACUUCUCUUUGAUUGCUCGUCAUUUUUUCUUUUACUUUCCCUUAAUUUCACCGGUGUGCGCGUUUUGUAUGUUACUCCCAGAGCAUUCCUACUUUUAGAGAAUGAUUAUAAGCACUUUAGCUGCUUGUUUUCGGUUUUUGUUUGAUUUUCUCUAUUUUAUCCCACCUAUUUUUUUGGCCCCCUACCAUUGUUUUUAAUGCACAUGAUACACUCUAGCUGAUAUUUGAUGUCGGUCUAUUUUAUAUAUUCUAUCUUCAUUUCAUUUCACGUCUGGUGAGAUUCCUGCCGGGAAAAUUGGACCUGACUAGGCUUGGAUUCUUU